CUUUUUUUUUUCUAUAGGUUACGAAUCCGUAAAUAAAAAUAUUCGGUAAUUCGAUAUGGAUUAUUCUACCACUAUUCCGAUAAACACGACAAAUGCUACUGUAGCUGCUGUAUGGGAUUGCUCUGGUAAAAGAAGUAUAUCGUCUCAAGAGCUAUGGGUCAAAAUUGGAGAGGGAGGUGCUCCUUUCAUCGGGAAAAUGUCGGUUCCUUUUAUCUUAUUUUUCCUAAUGGUCGUUAUCUACAUUGAUGAAGUUAUAUUUCUUGUCAAAAAUUCAAUCUAUUGGAAGAGAACAGUUUACGAAAUCUGGGUUUUAAGUUUAUUUCCUGUAUUGACAGCACUUUCGAUCACCGGAAUCUUCGCUCCGAGAACUUCCGGCACAGCCCGUUUUGCCUCAAGUUUUUAUUUUGCGGUCGUGCUCAAAAAGUUUUUCACCUACAUAUUGCAUUACUACGGUGGCAAGCAAGCCAUGGUUGAAGCGUUAAGGGGAGUUCCGUAUGUUCCACCGAAUCCAUUUCCAUGCUGUUUUGUUCUUUGCUGCUGGAGGAAUCACCCAAUGACUGUACGUCGUUUAAAUGUACUGCAAGGCCUCGUAUACCAAGUACUUCUCAUGUACCCGUUGAUUUACUUGUUGCAAAGUAUCUUGGCACUGGAAUACUACACCAUGCCCAACAGAGCAGUGAUCCUCGUUUCAACGAUUCUUGGUCUUCUUGGAACACUGUCAAGCUUCACGUGCUUAUACGGUUACACUGUACUUAGUAAAGUCUCCAGGUUCACGUUGCAGAACUACAACAUCAGAGCCAAGUUCAUUACUGUUCAAAUGGUGGUUGCUUUCAACACAGUCCAAGGCUUUACUAUUAGAGCGGUGGAUACGCUCGGGGGAUUGUCGUGUGGAUUUCCUUACCCAGACAAAGCAAAUAGUUACCUGUUACACAACUACAUACUGAUAUGUGAGGUUUUCAUUAUAUCCUUGUGUGCUCGGUGGGCAUUCCGUAGAAACGAGGAAGGAUGUGAGGUACAACCCGUGCUUCUGCCUGGAGAAACUUUCACAUCGAUAAAGAAAGACUUUGAAUCUGCGACCACGAGCGAAGGGACGGGAUCGUGUGAUAAAGAUAGUAUUCCUACUGAUGACGUCAGCGAUGACGUACAACCUUACGGCGGAUUACACACGAACAAAGCAUUUGAGAGUGUUUGAAAAGGGAAUGUUUUAUUAACAGUUUUGCGUUCAUAUUUUAAAUAAACCCGUAUUUCGUUUUGUCUUGUUAAACAACCCCGCAUUUCGUUUUGUCUUGUUAAAUGACCCCGUAUUUUGUUAUGGGUUAACAUAUUAUGUGGGUAUAUGCAUAAGGUAUUUUAUAUAUGUAUGUGAAUAAAUGAAUAAAGAAACAAAGACAC